UUUUGUUGUUUUUGAAUGUUUAGUGUUUUGUGAACACAUUUAUUGUGAAAAGAAUUAUAAAUAAUAUAAAUAAAGAAUCAGACUAGUUGGUAAAAAGUAGAAUCAUGGCUGUGAAUUCUUCGGAGGAUUUGUGGAAUUCCUAUAAAGAGCUCAAAGGCGUCGUGUGGAAAUAUUUAAAUCAGAGUCCUGGUUAUGAUCUACCUUCAGCAGACUUUGAGAAUAUUUUAAGAAGGCACAAGCAAAGCUUCUUUUCCUUGUUACAGAAUCCGCCUAAAAAUGCCAAAAACCGAGAAGACCUCAAGAAGGGCAUGGUAGAGGGUAUUAACGUUAAAGGAAUCGGUCACCAAGUUCUAUCUAAAGAACUAUACCAGGAAACAGUUAUUAUAUCCGAUAUGUUUGAUAUAAACGAGUUUGUAGCUUUAGAUUUACUUUGCACAGCUCAAAUUCAAAUGCCUUAUUACCCGGGCUUACCUAGGGGUUUGGUAGCGAUAUUAUUAUACUACGAUGGUAAAAAAGCCCUUUUAACUACCUUAUUAUACCUGGUACAAGCUAGAAGUGGCAUCCAAUGGACUGUAAAUGUUAAACCCGAACUUGGUAGGUUUGUAACAGACUACACAGACAAGCUAGUCGAAGGAGGUCUAUUCAACAGAAUAUUUGAGUUGUUGAGAACGUUAGACUUGAGCAAAGAAAUUGAAAAAUUGCAACAGAACCUAGCACUGGGAGGUGCAAAACACAAAAGGCAAGUCAUGGACUUAUUUAACGAUAUAAGAAGCAUCUUGGCAGACAUUGUUUUUUCCUGGUCCACACAGUGCGGCCUUCCAAAAGAUCCAACACUAGCUUUGAUAAACUACUUGAGGGAGGUUAAGAUUGAAUCUGAAGCUUCAGGUGUUAUUGAUGAUGUUAAUUUGUAUCUACAGAUUGCCUUACUGUCAGCCUUUGAUUUAAGUGUGUUGCAUUCAAGAGAAGAUGGGGAAGAAGCUGUACAGCUUUUACCUAUUUUAUCAGAUCCAAAUUAUAUUGGAGCUGUUGUUAAUGAGUUUCUCCCUAACAAACCUGCCUGGGUCUCUAAAGGUUUACAAGCACUUUCAACUUUUGGCCUGUCUGUGUGCCUAGCUUCUUUAAGAGUAGUACCACAAAACUACCUCUAUCAAGAAGCUAUAAAUAAGGAAGAUACCUUAGUGGAUACGGCCAUUGAAAUGAACGUUUUUACUUUUCUACAUAAUAUUUUUCUAGACAAUCAGACCUUAUAUAAGGAACAAUUUUUGUAUAAAAGAUUGCAUUACUUAAUCACAGAUUUUAUUGUUUAUAUGUAUCCUAAAGUAAAAGAUUUGAGAAUGAAGGCUAACGAGGUAUCGAGAACUUUGCAGUUUUAUACCAGAGAGGGCUUAGAGGCUCCAGCAAAUUUACCAAGGUAUUUUGACUAUUUACUUCUGUGCAUUGCAAAAUUUUACUCAAACAAUAUACAAGACCCAGACUACACUUUGGCAUGGUGGAGUCCACUAGAUAUCACGCCGAAUCAGACGUCGAAUUUGAGGGCCCCCUCAAGAGCAGUGUCUUUAUUCAAAUUUAUAAGAUUUGCUGGUGAUAUGUUGCCCUCCACACUUUUUGUGCCUUUCAUAAAAAUGCUUUGCGGAUUGUCUACAUCGCCUCAAACAGCAAGACACUGUUUCAACAUGCUUAAACAGUCAGGGGUGCACCUGUCUCAGACGCUGAGCUGGGACCAUUUCUUUAUGUCUUUCGCUCAGUACUACAACAAUUUGAGGCAAGAGGCUCCAGCUCAGGCUGAUACGGUUUAUAGAAGUCGAUCGGGGUAUCAUAAGGGGGUCAGUCCCCAGGAAUUGGACGGUUUGCACGCGGUUUUGCUUUUGAUACGAACUGUGGCUGAGCAUGAUGAGUUUUCGAGAUUGGCACUCUGUGAACAUCCUGGAUGGUCACCUUUAACCAUUCUUCUAGGUUUAAUAAGCUGUUCUGUCCCCAUACCGCUCAAAUCCGACCUACUCCUCACACUGUCAUCGCUGUCAAAAUCCAGUGAAAACGCCAGUCAAAUGUGGGAGAAUUUGGAAGCUUCCCAAAUUUUAGUUACCAUCCCCACCACAUCCAGUUAUGCACCAAGGGGUAUCCAAACUGAACUGGAAGAGAUCGAAUCCCGAAUGGAAGAGUAUCCAUUAACCAGGGCUCUGUUGAAGCUCCUGGAUACUUUGACCAACUUUGGAAUACCGAGAACUUUGGGUGCGGGACCGAGAAAGCCGGGUUUCGAUCCCUAUCUGUCGUUCAUCAUCAAUUCGGUGUUUUUAAAAUACAAUUCGAGGUCGUAUAGGAAUUCCGAGGAGAAAUGGGACGUUGCCUCGCUCUGUUUGAAGUUGUUUGAGAAGUUUUUGAUGCAGUAUGAUCCAAAGGUGACGGAUUUUCCGCAGCAUUCCGGAUUCUUCACAGAAUUCAAUAGUCCUCCUGGUUACCACUUGAUGUUGCAGCUCAACAACAAAACUGAAGUUUUAAACGUCAUUUUGGACAUCAUUGACGAUGGUAGUCGUUACUUUGACGCUUAUGUGUCAUUCCCCGGCCAGGAAAAAGUCAAAGACUGCUCUUUAACUUGUCUGAAUAUCGUCCACAGGGCCUUGGUAUUGCAGUCAAAGUUUUUCAGUACUUUAGCCAUGUCUUCUGCGAGUUUAAUCUUGACCAGCAUCGGAAAACUUCUUCUAACGAUCAACAGGAAGUCGGGAAAACCGGACCACUGUAUCAACAUCGCAAAAUACGUGACCUACCAACAGUAUUUGCCGAAGCAUAGCUUGGUGGCUGUGAAAAUUCUCAUCCACAUCACUAGCUCGGCCGUUGGUCACACCCAAUUCAUGAACAUUCUUCUUUCCACUGAUGAAUCCCAGCAAGUCAUUAAAAGCGGAUUUUUCGAAUGUCUGGACUCGAAUAACGACGAUAAGGAAACCAUCAAUGCCACGAAAAAGGAAAUUUUAAGGUUAUUAAAGCAGUGUUUGAAUUACAACACGCCGAAUUUAACCCAUUUCCUCAUGGGUUUCGAUUUGAAGAGAGACAUUUCGAAAACAGAGUUUCAGUAUCCAGGCGUUAUGAACUUUCCGAGAACUUGCUUGCACGCAUUGCUGUCUCUGUUGGACACUGUGAUCUCGACGGUGAUGGAAUCCGCUCCGGCAGAUCUUGUAGAAUCCGGAUACCAUUUGCUGUACUUGCUCUCCGCCAAUUAUCGUACCAGUGGUCCGGUUUUGAGGUUCUUGAGGCUGAACAAGACGUUUUUUAAGAACCACUUGAAGGAGGCGAGAAGAAAUUUAGAUAAAGAUUUAACUGGUGUAAAUCAGGUCUCAUGGCUGAUGAAAACCCUCGCAAUCGAACUGAAAGUGACCAGCAACAGCAAGCAAGUGACCUACCUCAAGUUGCUGACCAGUUUUCUGAUUAACAUCCCCGCCGAGGACGAUGGUCAGGAAGACAUGUUCUCGUUGGUGCAAAAGAACUUUUUGGAAACGAGGAUCAUAACGCCGGACGAGGUGAAGUUGAACAACUUCAUGACGAGCUUUUUGGAGUAUUUUGAGUUCAAAGUGCCGCCGAUCGAGCUUCCGACCUGGGAGUUUUUCGAUAACAACGCUCUGAAUCAGAUUUUGCAACAGUGUCGGGCCAAAUCCAACUUGAAAUUGAUCGAUUUGAAGAAGUUGCAUCAGAUUCUGUACGACGAAUUGAAGAAUCUACAAGGUACCGCAGCUAUCGGACAAAUCCAGGCUAUCAAUCAGGAAAUCCCAAAAGUCUUGAAACACGCCUUAAAUCUGAACAAGAGAACCGAAUCUUGUUCGUCCGUAAUCGACCUAGUGGACGCUUGGAGGCAACUGGCCGAAGUCCUGGUCAGUUUUAUGCCUUUGGAGGUACUGAAUCCCACCGAACAGCAAGUACUGAGCAUCACCCUGCUCCUGGGCGUCUUGGGCAAAGCCACCAAAGCUCAGCUGCUUCCCGAAGUUGCGAGGUUGCUGUCUGGCUCGGUACUUUUGAUGAUUGAUAACAUAAAAAGGUACUACUUCAGGGAGGAGAAGUUUAAGAAGGUGAAUUUGGAUUCGGACUCGCCUUCUUUUAACGUGAUCACUUAUUAUUUUGGUUCUUUGAAACAAAUAUUAGAGAACUUGGUAGAAUGGAUCCUGACCUCUGACGUGAUCGAUGGUGAACUCAGGAUCAACCUGUACGCUGCCCUAGUGACGUUUUUGCAACUUACCAACGUAGAACCGUCGCAUGAAGACAUAGCGGUCACAAAUAACAGUAUGUACAUUAGUAGAUUGGACGGGUCUACUUACAACAUCGAGGAAACAGAAAAACACUUGAAGUUUUCCAACGACAUUAUAGUGAAUUUCGGUGAAAAACUGAUGGACGUUCUUUGCCACGACUGUAUUGGAGGCCAGGAAAUAUGCAAAAUUCUUGCAAUGUCAUCAUACAGUCAUCUGAUGACGAUGACAGGAAAUGUCCAGUUCAUAAUCUAUCUUUCUGGCAAAGGAUACUUGAAGCACAUUAUCCAAAGUAUCCUGGAUAGCGAUAAGGAUCUCAGGACCAUGCUUGAGCCCGGAGCUGAGACAAUCAAGCCCAUGUACCUGUAUUUAGCAAAAAUGCUUCUUGUGACAAGAUUAGCAGGUUCAAGAAUGGGUGCGGAAAUGAUCCUGGAACAAAAACUACUGGGCGUUUUCAGUAAUAUGUCCGUUUUCGGGUACCACCCGGAAAUAUCGAAGGUGUGGCAGGGCGAGGACGUCUUCGAGGACUUCAUUCCGCCGGUGGAGCAACAGUACUUGCAAAUAUUCAUGCCCACCUUGGAUAUAUGUAAUGCCAUUCUAACCACGCUAGGUACUGAGAAUCAGUCUGCGGUGGUCCAAAUAAUGUACUUCUUGCUCAGCAAUUUGAAUGUCGUAGAAUUAAUUUUGAGAUCUGGACAUGCAGAACUGUCACCAACGUCCUUAAAAGAAUUGGCGUUACUCACAUCGGUCUUAUCUCGAACUGCCAAUAACAAUCUGAUCAACGUUCUGGAAAAUCCGAACAUAGUCCAAAGCAACAGAGCCCAGCUGUUCCGGAUACAGAAGCUGAUGUUGAAUUUGAUGCAAAAAUUCGUGUUGAGCGAGGACCGAGUGAAACGGCUGCUCAGCAACAACAUUUUCGAGAAGAAUUCGUUCCAGACGUCCGAGAGAUUGCUGUACGCUAUGCAAACAGCUGCUAACUUGCUGUGCUACGCUAGAAAUAUCGUGGCUAAUCACGAUAUCGAGCAUGGAGGAGUGGGAGUGGUUUUUUAUCCUGCUUUGACCGAUUCCAAACUGCACACUUUCCACGGAAGGUCCAUAGGAAACGUCAACGAACAAGAACCAAAUUUAGGUGUAAUAGUUCAACAGUUAAUAAGUACAGUAGGCUACCAGCAUCAAGAGAAAGGUACAUUUGACCUACUGGAGAGAAAAAUCAAAGAAGUGCCUCAAAUGAAUUCGGUGGAUCUAAAGAUUUUUAUAGACGAUUCUCUGGAUCUCUGUGACCUAAUUGUUAAAAGAGAGAAAGCCUACGAAGUUAUAUCUGACAGACUAGAGAAAAAGAAAAAAGAAAUGGAUUAUUGCGCGUUUAUUAUCGAAAACGCCCUGUAUCUCAUCUGGUGCCAUUUGGACUACUACAUGUUGAGAGCCAUUCCAAAACCCCGGCAUUUUGGAUACAUCCAUCCCGAUUCCAGUUUAAGUAGCAUAGAUGCAACAUUACCAACUUCCUCUGAAGUGACAUGGAAGGUUUCUACUGAAGUUAUUAGUAACUUAAAACAAGGUCUGGUGUCUUUGUUCAAUGACAGUUUCAGCAAACAGCUCUUGGAGACUGCACAGGAUCGAUCGGAGUCGGAUAAGAGCUUUGUGGAAGCUAUGCUAAGAAAAAUUAAAAGACUUCUUCAGUUUGUGCCAGUGAAAUGAUUGUUUUAAGUGUACCAUGUUAUUAAUUGUAGAUUUUUUUAUUGAAUAAAUUCUCUUUACAAACGA